GAGCUGUGCCGUUAAUUCGAUUCGAGCCAGUUUGUUUUGUCUCUUCCAAUUGAGCGGCAGCCGGCAGCUCUCGCGUUUCAUUUUGCUUCGCUCGUAAGCGAUUUUUAUUCCGUAAGCGAGUGUACGGGGCAACGCGUACAAAAUUUUUCAAAAUAAAUCAAGUGAGCGAUCGCGGCAAGUGCAGCAGCAGCAGCAGUUCAUUUGUAUUUUUUUGGCAAGUGGCAUCUAUACACUGCAAGACGAAUCUAUCGCCUCCCCGUCGUCGUCGUUGUCGUGUCCGCCGUGUUCACUCUCUCGCGCCGCCAAGAAUUUAUGGAAUUUGGCAUUUUGUGGAUUUAGCGAAAAUAUUUUCAUUGAGUGCGCCGAGCAAAUGUUUGCCAGCAGUCGUACCCCGACUCGGAUAAAAAUAAAAUGCACAAAAAGCUGCGACAAAAUCUAAAAAAUUCACGUGCGAAUUCCCAGCGCCAAUAAUUCUAAUUACUAUUCAAAUUAACGGCCAAAAAAAACAAAACGCUUAUCGUCCGCCUUAAUCCAAACCAAUCUAAAGUCAAAUUGUUGUGAAUUUGUUGAAUAUUCCAAAAAAUAAUCAAGUGUUUAGUUAAGUAAAUAUAUCUAAAAAGAUUAUGACAACUGGGAGUCUUGUUGGAUUGUUGGAUUAUUAAUAAAAAAAUAAAACCCUCAAGUGUGUCGGUGAUUCUUCAACGGAAACGCGGAUGAGAAACGAAAUUGACGUUCCAACGCCACAGGGAAUGGCAGUAUAAAACAGAAAACAAAAGCCAGAAGCCAGUCUUCAAAUCCAACAAAAAAACAAACAACAAACAAACAACAACAAAGCAACAAAACAACAACUAACAGCAAUCAACAAUGUGGAAAUGAUAAUUGCAAUUGCCUGCACAAGCGAACAAAGCAAAGAAAACCAGUGAAGAAAGUUGGAAGAGAAAAAAGGGGAGUUUCUGCUUAAAACAAAAAAAAAAUUAAACAAAAAAAAGUUUAACGAAAAUUAAAAAAAUAAAUACAAAAAAAAAAGACGAAAAGCAAUUACAGCUCUUGAUACAAACGCGAUGGUGUCUUACAAUAUGUAAAUAUAAUUAGCCGAGCGGAGUUUUCAUUCCUGGAAUUUCGCCAGCCAGCUAAAGAAAUAAAUACUAUCUACUAUCUAUAAUACAUACUACUACUACCAAUAAAAAACACGCUUCCACUCGCUAGCCGGUUUUUUAAUUACUUCGGGCUUCUCUCUCUCUCUAUCUUUCCCCACCUGCAGGCUGCCUGUCUCUGUCGCAGCUCGGAGAGAGAGGCUUCGGUCUUAAAUCACAAAACAAUAGAAAUAAAUUCCAAUUCAAGUGCUAAUCUAAAAGAAAAAAAAACAAGACUGUGAUUACUCUCCAUAACAAUAACAAUAACAAUAAAUUCGUAAUAUCCGUAUCCUGUAUCCUGUAAUCGCGCGCGUAUCCUCCUACUUUCGAGUCCUUGUGAGUGAAACGCCUGCAGCCUGCAAUUGCAAGUGCGAUUGCCACUGCGACGAUGGCAGUGUCCUGCCCCGAAGUUAUGUACGGUGCCUACUAUCCAUAUCUGUACGGGCGCGCAGGACCAAGUCGUUCAUUCUACCAAUAUGAAAGGUUCAACCAGGAUUUGUACUCCUCCUCGGGCGUCAAUUUGGCGGCCUCGUCGAGCGCCUCCGGCAGCUCUCACUCCCCCUGCAGCCCCAUCCUACCGCCCUCGGUGAGCGCCAAUGCCGCUGCGGCGGCGGUGGCAGCGGCGGCCCACAACAGUGCCGCGGCAGCCGUGGCGGUGGCCGCCAACCAGGUCAGCUCCACGGGGCUGCAGUUGGGCGGCGGUGGCCUAGGCGCCAGUGGACUGGGCGCCAGUGGGCUGGGCGGCAGCGGACUGGGCGGCAUGGGCGGCGGAGCGACGGGCGGUCUCCUCGGCAGCAAUGUUCCCGGCAGCAGCAGCAUAGGCAGCGCCGGGCUGGGCAUGAGUCCGGUGCUGAGCGGUGGACACUCGCUCCAUAGUCGGACGCACGCCCACAGCCACGCCCACGCCCACUCCCACGCACACCAGCACCCGCACUCACACAGCUCCCACGCGCACGCACACACGCAUACGCACCAAACCAAAGAAGAGGAUCUCAUCGCGCCGCGCAGCGAAGCUGAAGCGCGCCUGGUGGGCUCCCACCUACAUCAGCAUCACAACGAGUCCUCCUGCUCCUCCGGUCCGGAUUCUCCGCGCCACGCCCACUCGCACAGCCAUUCGUUACACGUGGGCGUAGCGACGGGCGGUCCCUCAUCGGCGGGCGGUACGAGUUCCACGGGCAUUGGCGGCGGCGGCGGAGGAGGAGGAGGAGGUGGCGGUGGGACAGGUGCCAUUCCCAAGGAAUUGCCCGCUCUGGAUGUGUCGCUGGGCGGAGGCGGCGGAGGUGCCAGCAACAGUAGCAGCAGCCAGGGGCAAGCUCAGUAUCUCUCGGCCACCUGCGUCGUGUUCACCAACUAUUCCGGGGACACUGCCAGCCAGGUGGACGAGCAUUUCUCCCGCGCCCUCAACUACAACAACAAGGAUAGUAAAGAGAGCUCCAGCCCGAUGUCGACUCGCAAUUUCCCACCGUCGUUCUGGAACAGCAAUUACGUGCACCCCAUACCCGCGCCCACACACCACCAGGUUAGCGACUUGUAUGGUACGGCGACGGACACUGGGUAUGCCACCGAUCCGUGGGUGCCGCAUGCGGCAGCCCACUACGGUUCCUAUGCCCACGCGGCGCACGCGCACGCGGCCCACGCCCAUGCCUAUCACCACAACAUGGCCCAGUACGGCAGCCUGCUCCGGCUGCCCCAGCAGUAUGCCAGUCAUAGCACCAGGCUGCACCACGACCAGCAGACGGCUCAUGCUUUGGAGUACUCCAGUUAUCCCACAAUGGCAGGCCUCGAUGCGCAAGUCCAAGACUCUUCCAAGGAUCUGUACUGGUUCUAGAGAUGCCCUACCAAUAAUGUAUAAACAUGGCUUGGGAACGAGUUGAAGUUGAACUCCCAAGAUCCGAUCGCUUUUGGAUUCGAGGCGAUUCCCUGGGCCUGGGCUAUUAGCCGGGCCAGGCUAAUAAUAACAAGCUUUUUAAGCUACAAUGGCAGUCUGUGUUUCUGUGUGAGCAAAACAAUAACAAACGCAAAGGAUUUCGAAAUUUAAUUUACAUUUAACGUAAUGUUUCACGUUUAAAUAUAGAAGUCGUAAGCUUGUCAGCCCCCAGUCCCAAUCUUGUAAACAUUUUGAAGCGCUUUGUUUCAGUGUAAUUUUUGAUUUUUAAGUUUAGCAUCCCAUAUCAGCAAUUUAGACACAUACAAAUAAUGAUUAUAUACACUCUUAUA